GGAUGUCGUUACAAUUCACAAAUUAAUCACUACUCGUUGGGUUACCGGGCGAACGUCGUUCAUGGCAACCCGUUGUUUGAUUUCGAGACGGCUUAUAGGUAGCUGGACGGGAUCCGGUGUUGGCCGUUAAAAGAGUACUACAGAUUUCUUUUUAUUCCAGGAUUUAACAUUUUAAAAGAACAAAACUUCAUCCAAAUAACUUUAUAAAACGUGGUAAGAGAAGAAACAUGUCGCAGGUCGGAGUGUCUCGGCCUGGCAGCCAGUUUAAUGGGAAAAUUGGUCUUCUGCCUGAAAUCCAGCACCCCCUCUCCAGAAUGAGCAACCCAGGCAACAUGGAUGUGAGAGGGGUGUCUCGCGCGGGGGAGAGGCCCAGCUCCCAACCUUCGGGCCGCCCUCUUGCCAGUGAAACGGCCUACCCUGUAAGGAAAAGUUUAAGUGCUAUCGGGAGAGAAAGCCGCCAGUCCAGCCGAGGUGAGGGUGUGGCGAGACAGUCUGUGAACAUACCUAUAGGCAGUAUUCCUGAAGGGGUAGAAGUUGCAUACGGCGACCCAGAGAAAACACGCAUUCCCAUAUUUGGUAACCGUGCAGCAACUGCUGACAGACAAGAUGUCUCGAGUCGAGCAUCCAGUCGCCUGUCAAGACCAUCGACACAGGCUAGGAUUGAGAUAGACGAAAUCGAAGCAUUGUUGAAGGAGAAGGUGAAAACAAGUUUUUAUGAAGUCCGAAAACGGUUCAAGGAUAAUGACCCUGAAGGGAGAGGCAACGUCUCCAGGGAAGCAUUUGCAAGAAUCUUGACGAUGAUCCUCGGUCGUCCUAUGACCCAGUGUCAGUUCACCCGCCUGAUGGAUCGCGUGGGUUUCAGAGAACGUCAGAUCAUCUCGUUCUCCGAGUUCUUCACCAACUAUCGACACAUCCCCGACGCCAACUACCCGCAGUGGAUGGAUCCAGUCAACAGACCGGGCUGUAAUGACCGGAUUACCAUGAAUGCGAACGAGGUCCACUUACAGCUCAAGGAAAGGGCAAAACAGAGGUUCCUGGAUGUUGCCGACAUGUUUCCCCAAAUGAACCCUGGCGGAACUGGUCGAAUCUUAAAGCCAGAAUUGAAACAACUGCUCAACAAAAUGUUGUAUUUCAUGAGCGAUUCUGAGUUUGAAGAACUCUGGAAGAGAUAUGAUCCAAAUGGAGAGGGAGUCAUUCGUGGAUCUCGCUUUCUCAAAGAACUGGGUAUAGAAUGGAGGAACGGAUCACUCGAAAUGGAAAGAUCGUCGCCAGUAAGAGAAGGUCGGAGUCCGCGGCGGAAAGAGAAGGAGAGACAGAAUCAAAUUGAUAUAGAGAUAUGGCUAAAGGAGAAGUUCAGAGAGGGAUUCUUCAACAUGAAGGCAGAAUUUGAAAAGAAAGAUUCAGAAAUGAAAGGAAUUGUCAGUUUUGAUGAAUUUAUUGAGGUUCUGGGAAGAUUUGGUCUGAAGUUGGAGAAGUCUUUGCUAGGGACAUUUCUAUCACGUUGUAGUAUACACGCCAUGGGUAAGGGCGUCCCCUAUCGGGAGUUUUUGCACCGCUUCCAGGACCGGAGUGAAUCUGGGAUGGUACACCAAAUACUGACAGACCCACGUCACAGGUAUAACAGACCGGAUGUAAUUGAAGAUGGCACGUCGAUCACUGCCAUUGAGUCCCAGCUCAUGAACAUGUUUCAGAGAGACUUCCUGGCUCUUCUUGGAACAUUCAAGAACAUUGACAAACUGGGCCAGGAUGUAAUAAGUCAGGAAGAGUUUCGUGCUGCCCUUGAGAGCCGAUUCGACAUGCCCUUGACUGAUCCACAGUUCAGAAGUUUCAUGGACCGAGUGCCUUUGGAUGAAGACGGAAAUGUCAAAUAUGUUCAGUUCAUGCAGUUUUUUGAUACGAAAGGAAAAGCACAAAGCCUUUUCGAGGAAAGACCCAAUAAAGUUGUGGAGACGUCGGACUACCCGCCACUUAAACAGUGUGAGUCCCCUCUCCUGGAGGACGACGAGCUGGAGGUGGGCGCUCUAGACGAGGAGACGAGCAGACGAUCAACUAAUGAGCUGUUCAAGCUCAUCAAAGGCCUGCUCAAGAAGCACUACCAGGACAUAGAGGACACGUUCUACAGUCUGGAUGAAACCAACACCAGACGAAUCACACCAGAAAUGAUGUAUCAGAUGUUUAAAAGAUUUGAUAUUAAUCCCGAGAUAACUCGAGGAGAGAUCCGCGAUUUAUGGAAUACGUUUAUCACCAACGCUGACAGGACAUUGGAUUAUUACCAGUUCGUCCGCCAUUUUGGAUUUUCCAUGCGUUCGGCAGCUUUCCCGAAUGCCAAGCUAAAUCCACCACGCCGUGGAGACUGUGACUUUAUGAUGAGAUCGAGAAAACUGAACUGCGAUUCUGAUAUGCUUGAGGACAGUUUAAGAUCGAAGGUGGAGUUUAUGUGGGAUGAUCUUCAGAGGGAGUUUCUCAAUAUGGACCCCUACACUACAGGUUUCGUAACAAAGGAAGAGUUCAAAGACGUUCUCUCUGAACUCUGCAUCCACUUGACGGAUUGGGAGCUUGAGGGACUCUGUGAGAGAUUUGCCUUGAAAAAGGACGGCAGGAUAUCCUAUAUAGAAUUUCUAAAACCAUUUGCUCAACGAAAGAAAAUCUGGCGUCAUGGUAACAACAUGCUGUCGUUGCUGCAGCACCCGCAGCCAGAACUGCCUAUUUCCGACAUCGUGGAACCUCCACAGCAAGGUCUAACUGGCUUAACCGCCAAACUCAGACAGAAGCUUGCUGGUGACUGGAAAAAUUUGCGACGAGCGUUCCGGAAGUUAGAUGUAACUGGUGAUGGCUACCUUUCCCUUCCUGAAUUUCGUUCAGUUUUAAAAUUAGCGAAUGUGGUUUUAGAUGAAGAUGAAGUGUACCAAGUUAUGAGUGAAUUUGACAGAGACAUGUCAGGAAAAAUACCCUACCACAAAUUUAUGGAAGAGGCAUUACGAACUGAAUCGAGAAAAAGUGACAAGAAAACUGCAGCGUAAAGACAUUAUGUUGGUGUGAUGAUCUACCGCCUGGUACACAAUGACUGAGCUCUGAGUGUCAACAAUUUAUUCCCUUUUCCUUGUGUACCUAUAUAAACAGUGUGACAAAAUAGCAGAACUUCUCCACAAUAAAGCACUCUUUAAUAACACCAUGCAGUCUGUACAUGGUGCAAUUAGUAUUAAAUACGUUACACAGUAAUUGGCCAUGUUUAAAAAGAAUUUAAUGUAAUUAAUACGUAUAUGCAACGUGACAUUUAGCAAUCCACACUUCUUCUUUUUUUGACAAUAUAAACAAAUUUAUUUAGCUUAUAUGUUGUGCGAAACUGAAACUAAAAUUCAUAUAUAAUACGCUCGUAUAUACUACAUUAUUAUAUAAAAUGUUCUCUCCUAAUUGACAAUAUCCUGUCCUGGACGAGGAGCCGGCAUAAGUCGACACGUGCGCCGAUGACAGGUGUGUGCUACAGCAGCUUGUUCUAAAUGUGUAUGUUAAACCCUAUGACUAGAACUGACCUGACCUGACCUGAUUUACAAUAAGCAGGUGGUUGUGGUUCACAAAAAUCGUAAUGCUAUUAUUAUUGAAUUCAGCAUAAAUUACCUGUUAUUAUAUAAUCAUUCAUAAUAUAAUAGACUAAAAAUAUUAUUCCGAAGUUAUUUAUAUUGCAAUCAACAGUGAAGACUGUACACAUUAAUUGGCUGUUUGUACAUUGGAUUAUGUUCUUGAUGUCGGACCUUGCGUUAAUUUAGGUACAUGAUUUGUCACUAUAAUACGCAUGCAUGUAUAUACAUUUCAAAUACACUGUGAUAGUACAUAUUUGAUUCAGAGUUUUUUUCACAUAAUAUAUAAUAUUUACAUAAUGCUUAUCUUUCUAUUACUGCUAAAUUGUGGUAAUUAUGACUAUAGUUGAAAAUGAAAUUGUAAAAUGCGUCUAGAAAUACCACUGGCGACAUGCUAACUCUAUUUUAAUCUUUGACUAUCAUGUGUGACAAAUGUGUAAACACAUUCUGUUAUAUACUAGUAUUUAAUUUAGUUUGUGCAACCUGUAAUCAGUAUUAUUAACAAGUCCAUCUAGAGGUGUUACAUUUUUGUGUGCUAAAGUAGCAAUUGCUAAUUUAUUAACGCAUUUCGUAUAGUGGUUGUUGUUGUUUUAACCUAUAAUGAUAUGGAUUUUACAAAUAUGUUUGUUAUUAAUGUAAGAAAACACUGCUAAUAAUGCAAUAUUGGUGAUGAUUUUAAGUGGUGUUUCCAUGGGAAUAUCUACAAAUGUCCAAGAUAUAAAUGUGUUCUGGUUUUACUUUUACGAGCAAAGAACAAGAACAGAUAAUACAUGAUAAUAAUCUUGUUCA